UCUGCCCCUCCCCCUCGAGAGCCAGCGUGACGCUACCGGGGUUCGAUGCUGACUAACGAACUUUUAGGCCGCCGCGCGCGCGAGGCACAGGACCGAGCGGUGCGAGGCGCUGGGGCUUUAGGGAUGGCGGACUCGCCCCCCGGGGCUACGCGCCGGCGGGGCCGGGGUAGGAGGCGGCGGGUGGGGGCUGCUCCCUCCUCGGCCUUCCGCCUUCCGGCGCUCGGCGUCACCUUCCUCUUCCUCCUGCUUCAGAGACCCCCCGCAGUUCAGUCUUCAAAGAGAUUCUCAGGAAUUGCAAAUCCAAACCAUAAUGAUUUGAAAAUAGUAGGAUCAACCACAUUUCCAGUCAAAAUUUAUGUCAAGGUGAAUCACAACAGUCCACGUAUUCUGUGUGUAACAAAUCGGCUACGAAAUUCAGAGCUGAUAGAUCCAGUAUUCCAAUGGCAUGGACCAGGAGGUGACCUUGUUGCAGAAAAUAGCAGUGUGAAAAUAACACCAACAGGAACCCUAAUAUUCAGACACUUCAAAUACGACAUGAGUGGAAUUUACACUUGUUCCCUCGUUUUUAGACCAACUGCAGAGCAGGCUGAAAAAAACUAUUUGCUCAAAUAUGUUAUUUAUGCUUAUUCUGAUCCUAACUUUUACUAUGAGUUUACAGCCCGGUAUCAUGCAGCCCCUUGCAACAGUAUCUACAAUAUUUCUUUUGAGAAGAAGUUGCUUCAAAUACUAAGCAAACUUGUCAGUGAACUUUCUUGUGAGGUUACUUUACUCAAGGCAGAGUGCCAUCAUGUAAAAAUGCAGAAAGCAGGUCUACAAAAUGAAAUCUUCUUUACUUUUACAGUUUCUUCUUUAGAUACAGAAAAAACCAACAAUCCAUGUCAGCAAAAGAGUUGUGAUACUGCUAAAAGAUUAAAGAAGGCAAAAGACCUUAUAGAGAGAUUUUUUAACCAACAAGUGGAAGUGCUGGGGAAACGUUCUGAACCCUUACCUGAAAUAUACUAUAUUGAAGGUACUCUGCAAAUGGUAUGGGUUAAUCGCUGCUAUCCAGGAUAUGGAAUAAAUGCUCUGAUACAUCCAGAUUGUCCUGAUUGUUGUGUUGUCUGCAGCCCAGGAUCAUAUAAUCCCCACGAUGGAGUUCACUGUCUUCAGUGCAACCAUACUUUGAUAUACGGAGCAGCAAAAUGUUAG